AUGUCCUUGAAGCGAAGCAAGCAAAUCGAUCUGGUUGAAGAUGAUGCGAGCAAUGCCAAACGCUGCACAAAGCUGGAUAUUUGUGAGAAAAUGGGAACCAAUACGGACUCGUGCGACAGCUUCGAUUCUAGCAUCAACCAGCAUGAUUUAGUAACCGGGGAUAUAGUGACAAUAUGCGACAGUAGUAGCAGAGAAUCCUUGGAAUCGAAUCUUUCACUGUUCACGCUCUCGCUAUUGCAUAAAAUUAGUGAAGAAACUAAAAGGACGGAACGUCAUGCGCAGGGCGGUAAUGGGAUUGAUUUAUGCGAAGAUGGAGUCGAAACUAAUAAGGAAAUUAAUAACAUGAAGGAGUUGACUAGCUUCGAAAUGCAAAAUAUGUUUUGGGAUGACGACGAGAUAAGCAUCGAAAUCACUACUAAGGGAGAGGAAUUAGAAAAUCAGCUUCUUUUUAAAAAUACCAUUGAUGUAGAAAAAGAAACUGAACCAUUAGAGCCUGUAGAAAUACAAUUUUCAACACAACAAGAGUUUGACAUAACUGCAAAACUAGAUUGGAAGACCGAAAUGCGUACUGAUAUAGUCUGCGAAGAUCCUCAGGCAUCAGAAAACGCAAAUUCCAAAGAAACAACUUAUGGGCCAAACAGUAAGCAACUAGAUCCAGAAGAACAAAAUUUAUUACGACAAAAAGAGUUGGAGAUAAUAGGGGAACUAGAUUGGGAGACGCAAGCAUUUACUGAGUUUCAAGACAUUCCUGACAAUGGUGAUUUCUAUGGGCUAUCUAGCAGAGUAAAGGAAUUGAUAUUUGAAUACAAAGGUAUUCAAAGCUUAUAUGAAUGGCAGGACGAAUGUCUUAGGUUGCCGGCCAUAAGGCAGCGGAAGAAUCUAAUUUAUGCUUUGCCCACGAGUGGCGGAAAAACGUUGGUUGCAGAGAUUUUGAUGCUGCGUGAGAUGCUUUGCAGAGACAAGAAUGUUCUUUUUGUCUUGCCUUAUGUAUCCAUCGUACAAGAGAAGGUUAGUGCAAUGGCGCCGUUUGCCAUCGACUUGGACUUUAUUGUGGACGAAUAUACCGCCGGAAAAGGCAGAUGCCCGCCCGCCCCACGUCGUAAGCGUAGGAGCUUAUACAUAGCUUCGAUUGAAAAGGCCGUCGUGCUCAUAGAUAGUCUCAUCGAAGCAAAUCGACCGCAAGAGAUCGGACUAAUUGUAGUGGACGAACUUCAUUUGAUUGGAGAGCGUGGACGUGGCGCAUCAUUGGAGGCUCUUCUUGCAAAAAUAAUGUUCCUUAAAGCAAGCAUUCAAAUUGUUGGAAUGAGCGCUACCAUUGGUAAUAUUAACGAAAUCUCGACAUUCCUCAAUGCCGAUGUCUAUAUGCGUAGUUUUAGACCUGUGGAACUGAAAGAAUACAUAAAAUGCGGUCGCGACUUGCUGGAAAUAAAUACCGAGAAACAAGCGUUGGAAGACAUUUUCGUUUAUAGCCGUACAAUCAAUAGCAAAUACAGCAAAGCCGUGGCACGUGAAGAUCCCGAUCAUCUGGCUGGCCUGGUCACCGAGUGCGCUCCUGAAAACUCCUGCCUUAUUUUCUGCCCAACGCGAAAAAACUGCGAGAACGUUGCACAAUUGCUCAGUCGCAUAUUGCCGAAGAAAAAGUUCGUCGAACACUGUAAAGGUGAGAAGGCCGAGCUGAUGGAUGCCUUGGACAAGAUUUGUGGUGUUCUUAGCCCGGUGCUGGCACGUACCUUGCCCUAUGGCAUAGCCUACCAUCACUCAGGCCUAACAACGGACGAGCGCAAGUAUAUAGAAACGGCCUAUCGCUUUGGAGUAAUCUCUGUCAUUUGCUGCACAUCGACGCUGGCUGCGGGCGUAAAUUUGCCCGCCAAGCGGGUGAUAAUACGUGCGCCCUAUGUGGGCCAGGAAUUUAUAACUCUUUGCAAGUACAAGCAAAUGGUUGGUCGUGCUGGACGCGCCGGCAUGGGAGAUGCUGGUGAGAGCAUCUUGAUUACCAAGGAUUGUGAUAACGUAAAGGUUAGGGAGCUGCUGCUCUCGCCGAUGGACAAGGCAUUAAGCUCGCUGCAUCAUCAGAACGCAGUCGGCUUACAGACGCUUAUUCUCAGCAUUAUUGGCCUAAAAUUGGGAAACUCCCGUCGUGAUCUUUCUCGGUUGAUUAAAUGCACUUUACUUUCAGUGCAAGCCACUGAGUUGGAUGUUGAAACGGAGGAACUGGUGGUGAUGAUUCUCCAGGAAAUGAUUAAAAACAAUGUCCUGUUCGUAACUGAGGAUCUAUAUCAAAAAAGUCUACAGCUAACUACAGAUUGUCGAUUAUUCAUCAGUCAGACGACACGUUUUGAACUGACCAAGAUAGGCAGAGCAGCUUUCAAGGCGGGAAUUGAUUACAAACGCGCCAUCUCCCUUCACAAGGAACUAAUGCUGGCGCAGAACCACCUUAUUCUUUCAAACUAUUCCCACUUACUCUAUCUCAUUGUGAGCUGCAAUUCGAAUGAGCAGGGGGAUGAAUUUUUUAAAGCCGAAGCGGACAUUCUCUUUCGUCUCUACAGCGAGAUCUCUCCGGAGACUCAGGCGCUGUUCAGCCUGCUGGGCUUUAACGAAGCACAUGCCGCUAAGCUGGCAAAGACAAAGUCUAUUCAGGGUCCGCUGGCAUUGCAAUUAAAUCGACUCUACAAAGUACUAAUUUUAAUGGAAAUACUGGAUGUUGGUUCAUUGCCGGAGGUAGCAAAUAAGUUUGAUAUUGAACGUGGCACAUUGCAGCAAUUUAUUAAUCAGUCGAAUGCGGCGGCAAGCGCACUUGUGCGUCUUUGCCAAGAGAUCGGAGAAUUUUGGUGCUAUACACCUCUUUUCGAGCGCAUAAAUGAGAAAAUGGAUCGUUGCGGCACCAUUGAACUUGAGCCAUUGUUGGAGCUGCCUGCUGUGAAAAUUAAUCGUGCCAAACAGCUCUACGCUGCGGGCUUCCACACUAUCGGGGACAUUGCUAAGAUAUAUCCAAAAACGCUUGUUAACGCUGUGGAACAUAUGCCAUAUAAAAUUGCUACUGAAAUUAUAGCUGCAGCUAAGAUUAUUUUAAUGAAGAGACUGGAUCAUUUAGAAGAAGAGACUGAGGCCUUGAAGUCGUGCCUACUCAGCGACGAUGACACAAGCAAUGAUUAAAUGAAUUGCAG